AUGGCAAAGACAAAAGUCGAAAAGAGAAACAAAUCGGCAAUCAAUGAGGUUGUUACCCGCGAAUGCACCAUUCACUUGUCCAAGCGGGUGCACAAUAUUGGAUUCAAGAAACGCGCUCCUCGUGCCAUCAAGGAAAUCCGCAAAUUCGCUGAGAAGGAAAUGGGUACCAAUGAUGUGAGAAUUGACACCCGUUUGAACAAGCACAUUUGGUCCAAGGGUAUCAGGAGUACACCUUUCCGUGUACGCGUCCGACUUGCCCGUCGCCGUAAUGACGAUGAAGACUCACCCAACAAAUUGUUCACAUUGGUCACCUACGUGCCAGUUGCCACAUUCAAGGGUCUGCAAACAGAAAAUGUUGAAUCCAGCGAUGAUUAAGUUAAAACAACAAAAAAUAGCGAGAGUGAAACAUUUUUUAUUAAAAUAAACAAAAAAUUUUAAUUUUUACGCAAAGUAAA